AUGAUUCACUAUAGAAAUCUUCCCACUAUAUACAGAAAUGAUAUGGAGAACUAUCAGAUUCGCCGGUUCGAGAGAGCCACCCGUUUCAAGCUCUCCUAGUAAAACUAGAUAGGGAGGAGAAGAACAGUUAGAAUACAACCAUAAUUAUUGACGACUUCUUAGAAAAAGUUCUUUGUUGAAUUGGUAGCUUUAAAUGAGGAGAAAUCAAAAUAUUUAUUGUUCAAAUUUAACAAAAGAGGUAAAAGCUCUGAAUCAAGUACUGAAGGUACAUUGAAUAACACUGCUUAAUUGAUUAUGUUAUCUCUGCCGUACUUCUAUGCAAAUCACAAUAAGAGAUAAGCGAUAUUGAAAAAAUGGAAAUAGAUUAUAUGGGGAGUGAGGGUCAUCCUGCGAUAUAAAAAGAUCCUCAAGGAUUAAGCCUAUUUUGAGUAGUUGUUCAGACUACCAAAAAGAAGAAAGCUCUCGUCUCCGACAUCUGCGUAUAGGAGUCCAAAGAAGAGGAGGUUGCCAGCCCCUUCUGGCGACACCUUUAAUUUCGCAAUUAUUAAUAAAGAUUUUCAAGAGGACACUAGUCGUUGCAAGACAAGUCGAAAAAUUAAAAAUCAACUCUCCGAAAAUUUCUAAAAAUCUAUAUACUAUUAAAAUUUGAAAUAGUAAGAGUAAAGAUUAGAACGAUUGAGAACCAAUAGUUUACAUCAGUUGUUGAAUUCCUAAUAGAAUCAAUCCUUAACAACAGCCAGAACUCAAUCUGUUAUAAUAAGGAAGAUGAGAAUAAAAAGGCAAUCAAUUUAAUGA